CUUUAACACUGAUAGGCAUCAGUGACAGUUCUAGACAAGUCUUUAGACAUAUAAAGGACCUAGGUCAGAAAAUGGAGACGCUGAAUGAAUAAAUCACAUCACUGGGUUUGAGACUUCCCUCUUGAUAGUGUGGUAAGAAUAUAAAAUGACUCACCUUCACUCACCAUUUAUUAUUUUCAAACAAGACCUAGCACUUGCCACAAUGGACUGGACAAGUUAGAUGAUGGUCUUGGCGAAAUUCAACUCACUAGUACUCAAAAGUCCAUUAUACUUAAAUAUGAGAGUGAAUUUCUGCAUCAAAUUAUGGUAAUAUUGAAUUUAGUCCUGUUGCCACCAGAUUAUAGUUCAUUUAUUAAUGUUCAACUUCCCUUUCACACCCCUACUUUGUGCCAACUCUGUUGUGUGUGCAAGAAAAUAUUUGAGGAAGUUGUGGUUAGGGUUGGACUUGGUCUCUGGGUGGGGAGCUUUCACAAAUAUCAAGGAGGUGAUGAGAACAUUUGGUCUGUGGAGACUGAAGUCAGAUCAACGCAGGACUGCAGGGUUGUGCGCGAGCUAAUAUUGAUGUUAAACACUCCAAAAAGGAUGAAUAAAGGCUCCACUGCUAAUAAUGACACUGGCUGUCCAGCCAAGUCAACUUGCAAAUACGGUCACAUGACUGAAAAUCAUGUGACCCGUGCCACACAGCUCAGUGUGCGCGAGGAAAAACAAGGUCCGGUCACAACAAACAAACAGGAAGUCAGACGGCAAUCGGGUCGUACGACCUCCACCUCCGGCCUGACCUCGUGCUCUCAUCGACGCCGCUGGUCCAGUGACUGUUGCCACAGCAACAGCUCCCCUGUCAUUAUUGUCAAGAAAAACGUGACGGAACCACAGCCUCCUCAGCGGGGGGCGUCCCUUCUGAGAUGCCAUCCUCCAUCUCGUUGUCCAAGGCAACGCUAUUCUAGCCCAAUUACCGGGAUAGACUCCACAACUCAUCUGUCGACGUCCUCGUCUUCUUCCUGUUCUUCUCCUGUCCGGACAUCUGUCAUAACCGGCCAUGACCCUCUUGGUUGGAAGUUACGUCCCAAAUCCAGCACCUCCUCCAAUCGGGCUCACACUAAUAGGUUGUCACUGCAGAUGCCAAUCCCCGUCACCAUUCCUGAUCCAAAUUUUCUCCUAUCCAACACAUCUGCCACAUCUCCACUUGACCCCAUACGGAAAACUAAAACCCACUUUGAAUUCAAACCAUCCCGUCGCCACCACUCUGACUCCUCGGCCUUCCUCGGUUCCAUGCCUGUGGUGACACUUGAGGAGCUCCGUGACGUGCACCUCCGCCCCGCCGUUCGCUCGGAUGAACCGGACGACGUCUUCUGUGAAGAGAAGGCGACCCCUCAGCCACACAAAAAGCCACCAGCUGUUCCAGAAAAAAGUCCUCUGGCAAGAAAAAUAGCACAACUUAUUGCUCAUUCGUGGCAGCACCAAAUGCGUGCUGCCCGUAAAAUUGAGCAAGAGGAAAUCAUUUACAGUGUAAUGAAGCCAAAAUCCAAAAGACAAUAACCUGAAAACCAUUGCAGCCUGUAUGCCAAAAUAAAUGGCAUGCACUUGAAAAGUAAUGAAUAAUCACCAAUGUACAAACAAUACAUUGUGCAUUUUGUUCUCAUGUGCUUUAGUUUAAAGAGGACCCCAAAGUUAAACACUAUCAUUCCGAGGCGUUAUUUUAAUUUCAAAAGAUUUUUUCCCCAUAGGAAAUAAUGUAGAGUGAAGUAGUUCUAGGCGACGACUGCUGCCAUCAUAAAGCCUUUAACUCUAAAGGGAAUUUUAAGGAACAUUACAACAGCCUAACUGCAACAAAAAACAAAAAUGCUUUAAAAAAAAACAACAUUUUUGAAUAUAAGCAGCUCACACAAAAAUGUACUAGGUUGUUUCAUUUUACACUUGAUGGAUGGGCAAACAGAGAUUCAGCUAUUUUUACUUAAGCAAUAAAAACAUUUUUGCAAUAUGUCCCCUUGAAAGCUACCAUACAUUCAUCACUAUUUUUGUUCUUUAUACUUUUCUUUCUACAUGCUACAGGUCUUUACUUCCACCCUCGGUUGCUUCUGUAAAUUGCCUAUGGUAUUUUGUACAAGAACAGUGCUUGUUUUAUUCCCCAAAGUUAUGCAUUCCCCCCCAUUGACUUCUGUUUUUAUAAUGAUGAGACAUUGUAAUAAAGAUGUUUUAGUAAAAUUCUUAAACAACAGUGGUGUGGUUGUUCUUAUGACUUUCCGCUUCGGCCACCCAACAACGCAAUAAUGAGCAACGAUAACCAUGCAUUAAGAAUGUAGAAAAAGAUUCAGUGAAGCAUUGUGACCAGUUUGCAUGACCAAGUUAGUCAUGCAGUUUCCCUCCAAUGUUGGCCAUUAUCAUUUUAGAUUGUUUGCAUGUGGGAGACGGGGGCCAAAGGACUUGAAUAACUUUGAGGAAAAAGUGAGGCAUUUUUAUGAAAAAAGUGAUAUAUUUUCUUGACAAGAUGCCUAUUAUUACCUGAACUAAUUUGAAUUUAUGCGAAUAUGUGGUAAUAUUUCUAAAAAUGCCUUGGCAAAUUUCGGUCUUUUCUGGUUUAUAAAUCUGGGUUUGGCCCACUGAGAUGAGCAGUGGUCUCUUGGGUACAAAUCUGCUGUGCAGUCUGGAAGCAACCCUGCAGGGAGGGGAAUGGUGGGAUGGCAGUUAGCCGAGUUACACCAGGAAACGCUGAGACCCCAAUCGCACACUGCAAAGAAGUCUGAAACAGCCGCUUCUAAAUAUAGGCUCCCCUUGUUCUUGUGGUCUGAUAUGCAAAUGAUUUGGAGCAAAGUUGUGCUUGCAUAA